CAGCCACAUUCUCAUAUUUACUAAGUUUUACAUAUUCUCUGAUAAAUAUCCAAACAUCAAACCAUGAAAACAAAUGCAUGCAAAUUCCUUUGCCUCAUUCUCCUCUUUGCUUUCGUCUCCCAAGGAUUUGGGUGUUAUGGACCCGGAACCUUUGAGAAUAUAUAUCUGAAGCAAUCCAAAACCGGAAAAAUGAUCAAGAAUACACCAGAAUGGGAAGUGAGAGUGACGAACCCUUGCACCUGCACAGGCACUGACAUAGUAUUGACAUGUGUCGGUUUAAAAUCGCUCACGCCCAUCGACCAUUCGCAGAUAUCGAUAUCCGGUAACGAGUGUAAGAUAACCAACAAUCUAUAUGGCCAUACUGACUUCGUUUUCAAAUACGUAUGGGCCAAGAAGUUCGAUAUCCAAAUGGAGUCGGGUGGAAUCGCUUGCUCUUAAAUUUUCUGCCCUUAGUUUAAUUUGGUAUUUGUUCAUGUUUGUUAGUUGAUGAGCAUGUAAAACUGAUGAUCAUUAUUACAC